GGUACCUAUAGCAACUAUGGCCGCUAUUGGCGAUUGCCGCCAUUUUUUCUUUUCCCGUUUGCAAAUACGAUUUGGUUGUAAUAAAUAAAUAAAUGACAAUUUGGUUUAUUAUUAAUCUGUGUUUUUGAGAAGCAUUAUAUUUUCUUUAUAAACGAAUUAUUCAGCAAGCCAUCCGAAAGGCCUAAACCGCCCUGGUCCAAACGCCCUGGAUAAAUAUUAGUUUGAUGCAGGAUCAACGAUGAAGCGGGACGCGUACGGUGACGACGGGCCCUCGCACAAAAGGCAAAGGCACACUGAUGACGAGGUCACCUUUCUCAUACCCAGCAAGGUGGCUGGCUCCAUCAUCGGAAAGGGCGGCACCAAUAUAUCAAAGCUCAGGAAUCAGUACAAAGCCUCUAUAACAGUCCCAGAUUGCCCCGGCCCCGAACGUGUUCUGUCGAUAUUGGCUCCGGAUGUCGAUACCGUUCUGGAUAUUGUCAAGGAGAUCCUUCCGAAUUUGGCUGAUGGAGGAGGACUCAAAGGCAACAUGGAGGACCUCGACAUUCGUCUGCUGAUCCACCAGAGCCGAGCGGGCUGCGUCAUCGGCAAAGGCGGCUCAAAGAUCAAGGAACUUCGAGACAAAACCGGCGCGAAGCUCAAAAUUUUCUCCAACCCCGCUCCUCAGAGUUCGGAGCGAGUGGUGCAGUUGGUUGGCAACCCUGACGCCGUGGCUGCUGGCAUAAGGGAGGUGCUCGACCUCAUCAGGCAGGUGCCGAUAAAAGGCCCCAUCCAGAACUAUGACCCGCACAACUAUGAUGACUUCUACGCGGAUGAAUAUGGUGGCUUCGGGGGAGGCGGAGGGCGCGGGGGCGCGCGCGGCGGCCGGGGCCCGCCCGGGCCCGGCGCGCGCGGCCCCGCCGGCCCGCGCGGGCCCGUGGCCCGGGGCCCGCCGCCCGGACCUGCUGGAGGUCGUAGCGGGUUCGGCGGUAAUGACUUCGGUGGGCCGCCGCCGCCGCGCGGGAACUUCGGCGGGGGCGCCCCGCGCGGGGGCUUCGGCGGCGGCGGGGGCUUCGGCGGCGGCGGCUUCGGGGGCGGCGGCGGGCAGGAGACCUCCACGCAGGUCACCAUUCCCAAGGACCUGGCGGGCGCCAUAAUCGGCAAGGCGGGGUCCCGCAUCCGCAAAAUCCGCCUGGAGUCGGGCGCCGACAUCGAGAUCGCGGCGCCGCUGCCCGGCUCCAGCGACCGCAUCAUCACCAUCACCGGCACGCCGCCGCGCAUUCAGAAGGCGCAGUACCUGCUGCAGCAGAGAAUGUUUGAAGAGUUCCCUGAGUUGGCCCCAAACAAAACUAAGGUUUAAUUCAAUGCUAGUUGAUCAUUCACUGGCCCCAUGCGACGACAAGUGUGCACGAGAGCAACCCACACCUUGGUCGCGGGAACUACUGAUUUCGGGCGCGCGCCGCGGUUCUACCGUUAUAACACAUAAAGCUUUACAUUACCACCUCAUUUUAAUAAACAGUGUUUAUCAUGUAAUAGAGGCUUUUUGAUUCCAUAGAGGUCGCAGAGUUGCUAGAUGAUUUAUUUAUGUAAUAAUAUUAAUAAGGAUAUCAUGUUUCUGCUGGUAGUUUCAAAUGGAUCUAACGUAAUAUCAGCCCUUAAUAAUACGAACUGUUUAUACAACUCUCGUGCCUCGUAAUAAUAUUGUAUUCAGAUUGGGUAUUUGGUAACUUUAAUGUUGCAUUUAUUUAUAAUGAAAUAAGACGUAUUCAACAAAGAUUGUGUCAAUAAUUUACUCACAAUUUGUUACAUCGAUAUAUUUUUAAGUGAAUAGAUUAUAGAAGAAUAAAUAGUUUAUUUUGCGAA